GGAAAAGAGAAUUACUCAUUACAUUAACACAAUGAGUGACAUCAGCCAUGUCGUCAUUUUGCUCACGGUUGAAAGGUCGAAAGUAUGGCAGCUUCAUUGAUUUGUAACAACACGCAAAGCAGAGUGAGUUCAGUGCUGAACAGAGAUGUCAAGCAAUACGGCAAAAAGUUUAUGUUUGAUGCCAAUGAGGAGACAUGUUGGAAUUCAGACCAGGGAGGAUGUCAGUGGGUUAUUUUGGAGUUUCCACAGCCAGUGAAAGCGACAGAGCUGCGACUACAAUUUCAAGGAGGAUUUUCAGGAAAAACUUCCAAGCUAGAAGGUAGUGCCAAAGAAGAAGAUCUCAAACAUAUUUUAGACCUCUACCCGGAGGACAACAACUGUCUACAGAGUUUUCCCAUUCCAGAUGCCCCUUUGGUGCAGAGACUUAAAAUAGUGUUUGAAAACAGCGCUGACUUUUUUGGAAGAAUAAUUGUUUACACUUUGGAUAUCCUGGGGGAAAAGAUUUUGUGACAUUCUCAGAAAAGAAGUAUGAAGAGGAGGGAAUGCCAACCAGUCUAUUUUCCCUUGUUGAUUGAGAGACUUAAGUUCACGAUUGGUGCCGAAAACCCCUUCCACCCAAACUGUGUUAUCAUAAGUGACUUGUUUUGUAUUUGUUAUACAGAGUUUCUGAUUUGAUAUCCAUUCAGCAUUUUCACAUGCCAUACAUGAUAUUUCAAGUCGAAACAGAUUAAUUAUUUGUUUUAUUAAAAAAUAUAGAAAACUGA